AUGAGGGUGGCUGGAGAAAGUGACACUACGGAACGUAUUCGUCCUUUACCUGCGCCCGUUGCCCAAGCAGAUUUCGACCAUCAUGCUAAUACGCUGUCAAGUGAACAAACAGGAACGCUCAACGGUGGCCGAAAUAACGAGUGGGAACUUCCAGAGAGACAUAUCUUGGGACGCAUGGAUGCCGUGUGCAAUUUCUGCCAGGCACACAUGUGGCUCAAAGAGCGUAUGUCUGGAUCCAUCGCUAAUCCACAGUUCCAGGUCUGCUGUGCUCAAGGUUCCAUUGUGCUUCCGCCUUUGGAGCCUACACCUCCAACAAUUGCGCGUCUUCUUCGUAGCAACAGCGACAAUGGAGGAGAUUUCCGUGAGCAGAAUGUCUUCCAUGGUGUUCUCCGGGGUGCUCGGCCUUUGACAACGGUACUGCAGUUGGUCCCUUUUCUUCCGCAAGAUUUGCCGGGUUGUGUGAUGGCUCAGCAACGGAGGAAGCUUGCUCUCUGUGAAUUGAAUGAUUCGAGCAAUUACCUUCUCGUACAAUUCACGAGGAGCUACGUGCUGCACCAUCAUCGAGUAGAUCCAGGCUCGUUUGGAUAUUUUCCUCCAGAGAUUGCCCGUAACUCCGGAAAUCGUACUUGUUUUGGUGGUUACUGUGGUGUUUGA